ACCGUAAGUGGCGUAGUAUACCAUGAGAAACAUACAUUCUGCUGUAUGCAUGUAUGGAGGCGGUAAGACUUUGCGAUGGAGAGCAAAUCAACAUUUUCUUUUUCUGCCCUGAAGUACCUUAGAACCGCGUCAUUAGGGGUGGAAUUGAUGGGGGUCAUGAAGGAGGAAUAAAAAUGAACGAUUGUUGUUGCGACCUUAUCCCAUAUCCUUCUGCUUGUUAAACAAAGCCAAACCAUCUUAUUUUUGAGCCUGACUCGUCGUAAUCAAUCAUGAAUGGUCAGACAAAAUCCCUUUUUUCUAUGACCGAACACGGUGAAGAGUCUCGUCCGGAAACAAUGACGGCCCAUCUCCAAAGUUUCGGAGAGUGGCAGAUCCAGAAGGAUAUCAUUUACCUAGACAAUGGUGCCUUCGGGUCCUGUCCAAAAUCCGUCGUUGAGAAGCAGAAAAACAUCCGACAACACAUUGAAGAAAACCCCCACGAGUUCUUCGAAAGAUCAUACGUCUCCGGCUUGGAAGCCAGCAGACGCUCCCUGGCUGGCUUCCUACACGUCGACUAUCGAGACAUCUUUCUGCUUCCUGGUGCAACUCACGCCAUGAACGUUGUCAUUCAGAGUCUCCGCUUCGACCCAGAUGAUGAGAUAUUGACUACAAACGUUGCGUAUAGCUCUGUGCGGAUGGUGCUUGACCAUGUUGCGAAGAGAGAUGGCGCUCAUAUCGUCGUCGUUGAUGUGCCUCUGCUUGUCACAGGCCCCGAAGAUGUGACACAGCGCAUCCUUGCUGGCGUCACGUCUCGCACACGUUUUGCAGUCAUCGACCAUAUCCCAAGCCGAACCGGUGUCGUGCUUCCAGCAAAACAAAUCGCCAAGGAACUUGAGUCCCGCGGUAUUGACACCUUGGUCGACGGAGCACAUGCACCCGGUAUGAUUCACUUGGACCUCGAGGAUAUCAACGCCGCAUACUACGUCGCCAACUGUCACAAAUGGAUGUGCGCACCACGAGGAAUUGGCUUCCUCCACGUUCGGCGAGACCGCGCUCAGAACAUCAAACCAUUGGUGAUUGCCAGGUCGCCGUAUGUCGUUGGCAAGUCCAAGCACUCUGUGCUUGAGCACAAUUUCGGAUGGAUGGGGACCUAUUGCCCUUCCGCAAUGCUCUCCCUUCCCUCCGCUAUUGAUCAUCUCAAUACGGUGAUGCCAGGCGGGUACGGCGACUUGACGAGUCGUAACCAUGACCUCGCAGUGUUAGCCCGCAGGAUUGUCUGCAAAGCUAUCCGCGUGGAUAUUCCGUGCCCGGAUAGUAUGAUUGCUGCUAUGGCGACUAUACCGCUGCCAGACUCUCCGGGGCCUGAGCAGGAGGGUAUGCUUCCCAUUCAGCAAAUUCUGUGGAAGGAACAUGGCAUUGUCAUUCCUGUUUACUCUUGGCCUUCAUACCCUAAGCGAGUGGUCCGUUUGUCGGUGCAGGCUUAUAAUAGGUUGGAUCAAUACCUUAAGCUCGCCGACUGUUUACGCAUCGUGCUGCGCAAUGAACGAAAGUCAUUUUCGCUUGCCUCUGUUGGUUCAAUUGAGUUUCCAACUUCUCCAUACACAAGGAGACAAAGUGACGACUCCGCGUACUCUUCAUCCUCAGAGAGCCCUCUGGCGUGCGGAUGCUCCAGCCUUGGAACGAAGACCUUGAGUGCGGGAUACGGUGUGCCUGAGACUCCCUACCAAGACAUUGAGAAGCCAACCCCAGCCAUGCUCAGUAGCCUCGCGGAAUCCAGAUUACUGAAGAUCUUACGUGGCACAUUCUCCUUCGAUCCUGUUUCCUUGUUUCCCACCGCAGGAGAUUGUGAGGCAGCACUCACUUUGAACAGUGAGAUCCAGAAACAUGCGAACAUAGAGACCUCCAAAAUGGCCUACAUGCUAUCUUGCAUUCCACGGCGCAGAAUUCCACAGAUAAUGGCUUCUUCUGUAUCGCAGCUGCUUGAGACUGAAGACGUAAUUGAGAAUUGGCCUCGCCAAAUGAACACGCUCAAGAAUCAGUCCCAGAUACUCAGUCGAGCCAUCAUUUUUGAGAUGAACGCGCCUAGAGCGCCUGCCAAAUGUCCAGUUGAUGGCAGCGAAUUUGUCGGUCGAGUUGUGCCAUAUGAAACAGAAACCCACGAAGAGAACCUCAGUCUGAAGUUCUGGAGCCGUGCUCUAAAAGACUUCACCACCAAGGGAAGAUGGUCUACAGGUCGAGUUACAUCGUUCUUGCAGAUCCAUGCGUUUUUGAGGGAUCCUGUUUGUGGUCUGCGCAACAACUUUGAAUCCCGCAAAGAUAAUUUCCUGAAAUUGCUUACCAGGCUCACGAAGGAGCUGGAGGAGACGAGUCAGACCAUACGAGAAGAUGUCGCAGCGCAGUUGGCGGCCGAGUCUUCAUUCAUUUCUCAGCCUCUCGUCAGUAACGCAAGCUGCGUUCAUUUUUCGGAGGAUCAGCAACUUGUAUACUCAUACGUUGACAUUUCUGAUAUGGCUCGAUCCGAGUUCUCUUGCCCAGAAAUUGUGAUUGGCAUGAUUAGCGAUAUUCUCAAUUGCAGGUCUGGGGACAAGAUCCGUAUUGCCCCGAUUGCCGUAGCAAAUAGCCAUCCCGUUUGUUCGAGCCAUGAUUCUCGGCAAGUCAUCAUAGAUGGUAAUAACCGGAUUACUACUCUGACAUUCCUAAAGUUCGUCUCCAUCUACGGACUCUCAAACCUUCAGGAAGCCGAAGAUAACUUGCGAGAGUACUGCCGAGACAGUGGAUUUGGACCAGUUUAUUUUGUCGACUUCUGCGCUGUGCUACAGAUGCUCCGGAACAAUGCGAUGCACAUAUUGAGCCAGCUUCAAACAUGCGUUACUUUGGGACGCUUCAAGCAUAUUACCCAGGUGCCGUGUCUGAUUACGGAGGAGGCAUCGUUCAUUACCAAGGUGUUGGUCGAUGGAGAGGAGAUUGCACAGCCGAUUCAUCAGUCUGUUUUCGCGACAGAUGAUUUGCUUGUAGCACUGCCGGCAAAGAUGCAGUGCCAUGGGCGGGCGAAGGGGUUCAAGGCGCUACCAGUUAGGUAGAUGAGACGUGUUCUAGAACUAUCUCACGCUUCAGUUUACCGUAAAAUCCUAAGAUCUCAAUCAUUUCUCUAUAGCGUGUGCUUGAUGUAGUCGGCUAUCAAAAAGGCAUCAUUCUUUCAUGGCCCAGUCAGC